AUGCUAAACCCUACCGUCGAAGUCUUCUUGGUCCCCAGACCUUACAGAAAUCAGAUCGAGGGGAAAAUUUCUCUCUGCAUUUUCUCGUCUUCCGUCUCCUUCCUUCUGCCUAGCUAUCUGGAGUUUGAAAACAGGCAGUUGAAAGGUUUAGCUGUCGAAUCGGAAACCUGAGCCUGUGAAUUGUGUUUUAGGGUUGAAACAUGAGAAGAUACAGUCCACCAUAUCAUAGUCCUCCAAGGAGAGGAUAUGGUGGUCGAGGAAGAAGCCCCCCCGGGAGGGGAUAUGGCGGCGGCGGCGGUGGGUAUGGAAGACAAAGGGAACAGUCUCACGGUAGCCUUUUGGUUAGAAAUAUUCCUAUGGAUUGCAGGCCAGAGGAGCUUAGAGCUCCAUUUGAGAGGUUUGGACUUGUGCGAGAUGUGUAUAUUCCAAAGGAUUAUUACACAGGUGAUCCACGAGGAUUUGCGUUUGUGGAGUUUGUUGAUCCUUAUGAGGCCUCUGAAGCUCAGUAUCAUAUGAAUGGGAAAAAAUUUGCUGGUAGGGAGAUUACUGUGGUCCUUGCUGCAGAGUCGAGGAAGAGGCCAGAACAGAUGCGUCAAAGGAGUAGAAGGGGACCAUCUGGCUAUGGUGGACGGCGUUCUUAUUAUGGGCGUUCUAGAUCUCGUUCAGUGUCUCGAUCACGCUCCCCCCAUCGUCCUUCAGGUUCAAGUAGAUAUCGAUCAAGGUCAUACUCUCCUGCUCCGAGAUGGCGAGGCAACUAUUCUCUUUCCCCCGAUAGGCGUCAUGCAGACUACCCCAGAUCACCAAGAGGUGCUCCUCGUGAGCGAGAUGGUGAGAGGAGUCAUCAAGUAUAUUCUCCAGGUUAUGAUAAUGCUGGUGGUCACGAUCACGAUGGAAAUGGAUAUCAUGACAAGCCUGCAUUUGAAGGAGAGGAUGCACGAGCUGACUGGAGGUCUUCUCCUGGUAGAACAUCAAGGUCUCCUUCCGGGUCCCGAUCCCGCUCUGCUGAUGCUUCACCAAGACAUGGUAGAUGAAUUUUCUAGAUGAUGUAAACCUUCGUUUCUAACAUGUAAGAUUUGUUAGUCUCAAGUUAGAAAAUUCCAAGAUUGUAUCUUGUUAGAUGUUCCUAGUGUUGGGAUUUUCAGGAUCUGGGCAAUUUACUUUGUGCUUUCAUUUGAAGUUUUAACAUUGCAAAGGGUAGACCAUCCAAUCCCUUGUACUAGUUUUCUGGAUUGUGCAAGCUCUUCUUCUUC